AUGUCAGUCAAAAGAUUAAUUUCUUCUUCCACCUCGAGUGAAAGUAUUCACCAACACUCGAACAUCUCGCUCCAAAAGGUGAUGAGGGAGAUAUCCUCUAGCGAUAUCAGGGACAAGCGUACCCAUAUAGUCUGUACAAUGGGACCAGCAUGUUCAAAAGUCGAGACGAUAGUAGAUAUGAUAAAAGCAGGAAUGAACAUUUGCCGCUUCAACUUCUCCCACGGGAACCAUGAAUCGCACUCAAAGACGCUCGCCGUUAUCCGCGAGGCGAUGAAGCUGGUGCCGGAGGCAAACAUAGGGCUGAUGCUGGACACGAAGGGGCCGGAGAUUAGAACGGGGUACCUCAAGGAUCACAUGCCAAUCAACCUGGAGGCAGGAAACACGCUUAGGAUCACCACGGAUUACUCAAUCGAGGGAAACAACGAGGUGAUCAGCUGCUCGUACAAGAAGCUGCCUCAGUCAGUGAGCGUUGGUGGAAUCAUCCUGAUAGCAGACGGGUCACUGUCCUGCGAAGUCCUGUCGAUAGGAGAAAAUGAGAUAACAGUAAAGGUGCUGAACAACGCAAAGAUAGGAGAGUACAAAAACAUGAACCUGCCGGGAGUGAAGGUGGACCUGCCGAUCCUGACGGAGACGGACAAGGACUUUAUACUUAACUUCGGAGUGCCGAACAGAAUGAACUUCAUAGCGCUGUCGUUCACGCAGACGCCAGAAGAGAUCGAGUACGUCAGAAGCCUGCUGGGCGAGGAGGGCAAGCACAUAAAAAUCAUCCCGAAAAUUGAAAACAUAGAGGGCCUUGCCAACUACGACCAGAUCCUGGACGCCUCGGACGGAAUCAUGGUGGCCAGAGGAGACCUGGGAAUGGAGAUGCCAAUAGAAAAGGUGUGUCUGGCGCAGAAGCUUAUGAUCAAGAAGGCGAACAUGAAGGGAAAGCCGAUCAUAACAGCAACACAGAUGCUGGAGUCGAUGGUAAACAACCCGCGCCCGACGCGCGCAGAGUCGGCGGACGUGAUCAACGCAGUGCUCGACGGCUCGGACUGCGUGAUGCUGUCGGGAGAGACCGCAGGAGGACGCUUCCCAGUGGAGUGCGUGGCGAUCAUGGCGCGCCUGUGCUUUGAGGCGGAAAACUGCCAGUCGAUGCGCGACAUACUGGCGGAGCGCCUGCUCAACACGGAGUUCCAGCUCAGCGUGCCGGAGUGCGUGGCGCGCUCCGCAGUCUUCCUGUCCCUAGACGUCAUGGCGAAGAUGAUCCUGGUCUUCAGCCAGACGGGAAGAACGGCAGGGCUGGUGAGCAAGUACCGUCCGAAGUGCCUCAUCCUUUCCAUCUCGCCGCACGAGCACGUAACCAAGGCGCUCACAGUCACGAGGGGUGUUCUGUCGCUCCUAGUGGAAAGCCUGGAGGACAGCGAAAAGAACGUACACAACUGUAUUCAAAUUGCAAAGAAGAGGGACCUGCUGAGGUCAGGAGAUUACAUGGUGGUGGUACACGGCUCGAAGCAGAACGUUUCAGGCUCAUCUGAUCUGCUCAAGGUCGUCCAAAUACCAUAA